AUGGCGAACAGCAACGAGCACAACAGGACGUUGAGGCGUGUGGUCAUCACGGGUCUGGGAGCCGUGACCCCCCUUGGCACGGAUGUCCCGACCUCCUGGCAAGCCGCGCUGCGCGGCGACAAUGGCAUCGGGGGGAUCCAAUGUUUUGAUGCCAGCGCGUUUCCGUGCCGGAUUGCCGGUGAGGUGAAAGAAGAUUUCCAGCCGCUCGACUACAUCGACAAAAAAGAAGUGAAGCGCAUGGAUCGCUUCGUGCAGUUUGCCUUGGCCAGCGCGGACAUGGCGGUGGCCGAUGCCGAAAUGCGCUUUGCGCCCGACGAAUCACAGCGCUACGGGUGCCUGCUGGGCGUAGGGCUCGGUGGCAUGGCGACGUUCGAACGCAACCAUGAAAGUCUGUUGCGGACUGGUCCGCAGCGCGUUUCCCCUUUCUUCAUUCCCAUGCUGAUCGGCAACAUGGCGGCGGGGCACGUCUGCAUGCGCUACGGGCUGCGGGGCCCGAAUUCCUGCGUGUCCACGGCGUGCGCGGCCGGCACGCAUGCCAUCGGCGAUUCCUUCAAAAUCAUUCAACGCGGCGACGCGGACGUGAUGCUGAGCGGGGGUUGUGAGUCCGUUGUUACGCCGCUGGGGGUUGGCGGCUUCUGCGCCAUGCGUGCCCUCUCUACCCGUAACGACGAGCCCGACCGUGCCAGUCGUCCUUUUGACGAGCAGCGGGAUGGCUUCGUGUUGGGCGAAGGCGCCGGUAUCCUGGUGCUGGAAGAACUGGAGCGGGCGCGGCAGCGGGGCGCGGCGAUUUAUGCUGAAGUCGUGGGCUAUGGCAUGAGUGCCGAUGCCUACCACAUGACGCAGCCCGAUCCAGAAGCCAAGGGAGUCGCCAUCUGCAUGCAGCGGGCACUCGACGACGCCGGGCUGAGGACGGACGAGGUUGCCUAUGUCAACGCGCACGGCACCUCGACGCCGUACAACGACAAGUAUGAGACGCUGGCGAUCAAGAAAGUCUUCGGCGACCAUGCCUACCGUCUAGCCGUGAGUUCUACGAAAUCGAUGACCGGUCAUUUGCUGGGCGCCGCCGGCGGCGUGGAAGGGGUUUUCACCGCACUUGCCGUGCGGCACGGCGUGGUGCCGCCGACCCGGAACUGGGAGCAUCUGGACGCGGAUUGUGAUCUCGACUACGUUCCGAACGAGGCGCGGAGGAUGCCCGUGAGGGUGGCUAUGUCCAACUCCCUGGGCUUUGGCGGAACGAAUGCGUGCGUGGUCUUCAAGCAAUAUACGGAGCCGAUAUGA